AUGAUUUUUGGGGAUGAUGACGACUUUGCGGGAUUCCCUUACAGUCCAUUCAACAUCAGGACUGAAAAUGAUGAUGAAUCUCUUAUCACGAAAGGUCAACUUAAGCUGAUAAAUGAGAAAUUGGACUCGUUGCUCAAUGCUGAAAAGACCUCAUCUAUAGAAGAUUAUUCUCAAGCGACAGUCAAGUCUAUUCUUGAGACCGUUACUAAGGAACAUUUUGCCAAUCUUGAAAGGAUGAACAAGGCAGUUGAUGAUUCCACCUCUGUCUGCAACAAAACUACCCAAAAAGUCGAUAUACUAAUAUCUGAUGCUCAAGUUUUUAUGGAGCAAUACCAAAGCUUCUUUGAGUACAACACUGCCAAGGCAAACGAAGUGAUUUCUGGCCUGGGCUCCACACUCAAAACUGAAAACGCGAAACUUCAAGAGGUUCGUAGUGGUCUUCAACUGACCAUGACAAGUUCCAAUCUUCUGUUACUUCUUAACUCUCAAAGCUUCAUGAAUAUCUGGAAUUAG